UUUAUAUAUCAACCGCUUCCAGCAAACUCACCAAAGCACUCUUCUUGUUUCAACCUUUUGGUUCACGGUAUCAGAGAGAGAGAGAGAUGGCCUCUGCGAGGAGGGUUUCUUUGAUUGUGGCAGCAAGCGUGGGGGCAGUGGAAGCUCUCAAGGAUCAAGCGGGGCUUUGCCGAUGGAACUAUGCCCUCAGGUCUCUCCAACAGCGAGCCAAGAGUAACAUGGGAUCGUUGGCUCAGACCAGAAGGAUGUCUUCUUCUUCUAACAUUGAAAUGAUAAAAGGAAGGGAAGGGAUCGAUGAGAAAGCCAAACGGUCAGAAGAUUCACUUAGGAAGGUCAUGUACUUGAGCUGUUGGGGUCCUAAUUAGAGAAGUUGGGUUUGUUCCUCCAUUUUUGGGACACAAUGUAACUGUAAAUUUAAGUACAUGUAACAAUUUUGGUCUUCAUUUUCGUUCUUCUCUUGCUUUGGAGUGCAUUCUGAGAUUAUAUCAUCUUUGGAUUUUGAUGUCACAAGAAAUGAAAGCUUAACUUCCUCA